AUGGCGUGCUCAGAGUUGGACUUCAGUGAUCCAGCGACCCCUGCCAAGCUCAAACCCUUGCAUGGACUGCUGGACAAAGCUUGGAUGCUGCCCAUCCAUAUUACCUUCGACAUGGACACUACUUCAAGAAGCUUUCGGAACUUGGCACUCAGCUACAGGGGCUCGGAGCGACAAGCUCCGAACACGCUCCAAUUAGCGCUACGCUUCUCCCGCAUCAUGGAGAUCCGAGAAGCAGAAGGAUGUCAUCCACCAGGCACCACUACGGAGGAAAGAUUGCGAGCCGUCACAGCCGAUUUCAAUGACAGUCCAGGUCUGCAAAGCAAGCACCAGCUAGAUGAAGACAAGAUCCGCAGCAUCUACAACAUCAUUGCAGGUACGACUCCUGACGCACGAGCUGUGAUGAGAGCACAUGUUGACCAUUUUAAGUGGUCGCAGUGCGCGUUUAGCACCGAGCAGCUGCGCAGCCAGCGCUGGAUGCUUGGAGCGUCGCCGAAAUCUUCGGGGUGCCCUGGAGAGCUAAAGAAGUGCUUGACGGUGACCGAGCAAAGCCAGACCAUCCAUUUCCGCUUGGUGAUCCAUUCAUUUGUUGAGUCCACCAGGCGAUUGCGAGCUUCUUCACGAGCAAAGAUGCGGCUGAACUCUCAAAGCUUUGAUGCUUACAGCGACUACGCAUGCGUGAUGUCCUACACACUGGACGAGGCCCGGAAAUUGUCCAGCUUCACGGAGGAGAAAGAAGAGACGAUUAUGAAGGCCAUCAUGCAGAAGCAGCUAUGUGAAAUCUUCAUGGAGCGGUCCUGUCGGGUCAGUUUGGUGAGUGACAAGACUCCUUUGGACCCCAAGAUGGAGACAAUGUUGCGACAGCUUGCAGCCACCAAGAAGGUUGCCACCAACGAGCUGGACACAAUUCUCUAUAUUGAUUGCACCAAGAUGGGCGUUGUCAGCCAAGCCAACAUCAACAUGAUCGGCGAGAUGUCAGAGAAAGUUUUGUCGCGCAACCCUGAGCGUUCUGUUCUUGUGCUCAUCCCACCACUUUUGGUGGGAUCUGACAGCUCUGGCUCCCUGCGACAGACUACAAGGAAGCUCGAAGACAAACUUAUGAACCACAGGGUGGACUUACGCCCUUUUACACUAAACAUGUCGCUUGAAGAUCUGCACCAGAACAGACAGCUUCCUGGUGCUUUCCUGUGUUUCCUUGGCAUUGUGGACACAACCCUUCCACUACGUGGGACGGCUCACAGAGCUGUCAGGGGCACACCCGAGGCUGAGCAUUCUGUGAACAUGUUCUGCAGCAGUCAGCUGUGGCUUCGACAAGCCCUACCUCCAAACAAAUUUCCGGUUGCUUUAGCAGAGAAGGAGUUUGUUGUCCCUGGCUCAGCAGACGCCCUGCUGAGCCAUGAUGCCCGCCGGAACCUCACAGAUCUUCAAGAAACAGCUCAAUGGUGUGGCGGAAUCAUGCCACCCAAGCACAUCUUUGAAUCCCUCACCAGCAACCUGAAAGGUUCACAUGGAGUGUUGGUGGUGCAUCCAACAGCGUACGACGGGUGUGUUGAGCUUGCAGCUCUCCAGAUGGGCUUCUGGGUGACAGGGACCAGUGGUAGCGAUGUCAACUACAGGUCAGCAAAGGAGAUCGUCAAGGAGCACCUCCUUCAGGACAUCAACCAGGAAGACCUACCAAAGGCCGUGAGCAAACCAGAGCUCCGACUUUGCAGUUUGGUUGACAACAAACUGAUUGUGCCACAGGACGUCAGAGCACACUUCAUGAAAUGUCCCAUCUACGGACCAGAGUGGAGGUCUUUGAUGGCUCAAUUCGACAAGGACUGGGGUGCUCCAGCUACAGCGACGCCGGCGACGCCGGCUGCAAACCUAAAGGCAGAAUCUGUGAAGACAGAAGGGCCUGGCACCAAGACUGAGUCCAAGGAGGAGGCCUUUGAUUGGGACACUUGCUUCAAGGAUUCGCCCAAGAAGCUGGAGACGUUGAAGGCCAAAUUCCCCUCUGAUUUGAUGGAGCUUCCUGGACCUAUGGCUGCGACAUCCUUCUUCGUGGCUCCUGGACCACAGUUGUUCAUCCUGGCCAAGGAAGCUUGUGAGGUUCGUGCGGUGGACGGCCCUUUCCUUUCUUAUGGCGCCGGGGUGUGGAUCACCGGAGACAAGGUUACAAAAUUUGUCGCCAACAACCCUGGAAAGGGAGUGCCGUGCGGCUUCCAAGAUGACCAGGUGGUUGUCACGAUGGAGGAAAAUAGCAAAGAUGGACCGCUUUGCAGCCUCCGAGAUGCCUUGCAACAGGUGGAAAAGAAUGGCCUAGUGGAUUUUUCAGUGGGCGGGCACACUUGCGUCCGCCCGCCCGAGGUACAGCAAGGGAUGUGCGACGAUCGGUUUGUGAUCUCUGCGGACAAUUCCAAUCCGCUCCUCUUCAAACCCAAUGCCAUCCAGACGAAGUCAUUGAAAGCGGCCAACUUGGCCUCCCAUUUCUCCUGGGAGGCAAUGCAAGCUAGCCCGUUGGAGCUGGUAUGGCGGCUGAGGCUGUACACUACGGAGAAGUGCGUUGCGCCAGCAAAACCAUUAUGGUAUUUGCCUGGUGAUUUGAAGAUGGCUAAGGACGUGUGCCAGAGGUUGAUCUGA